AUGAUCUGCCUGCCGGGAUUCAGCUGGGUCUUCCUGAGCGCUCUCUUGCACGCUGUGGCACCCUGGGGCGCACAGCGACCGGACAGACCGAGGCAGUGCGACGCACCAAAGUCGCAAAGUGACAUGAACUCCUUCCUGUGGAGAGUAAAGCGUGCGCCUCCUCAUCCACCGUCUUACUUAUUUGGUACCAUCCACGUUCCCUACACACGAGUCUGGGACUUUAUCCCCAACAGCUCCAAGCAGGCUUUCCACAACAGCCCCAACGUUUUCUUUGAGCUAGACCUCACCGACCCUCUCACCAUCUCCAAGCUGACUAGCUGCCAGCUCCUCCCCCACGGGGAGAACCUCCAGAUGCUGCUACCUCGGGACCUGUACCGCCGCCUUAAACGCCACCUGGACUACGUCAAGCACAUGAUGCCUUACUGGAUGACCGCUGACCAGCGUGGCCGCGGCUUGUAUGCUGACUACCUGUUCAACGCCAUUGCGGGGAACUGGGAGAGGAAGAGGCCUGUGUGGGUGAUGCUGAUGGUCAACUCGCUGACGGAGUGGGACGUCCGGUCCAGGGGGACGCCGGUGCUGGACCUGUUCUUGGCUCAAGAAGCAGAGAGGAUGAGAAAGACAACCGGGGCAGUGGAGCGGGUCGAGGAGCAGUGUCACCCCCUCAAUGGGCUCAACUUCUCUCAGGUGCUGUUUGCUUUGAACCAGACACUGCUGCAGCAUGAGGGCGUUCGAGCAGGCAGCCUGCAGGGCUCCUACACCACCGAGGACCUCAUUACACACUACAACUGUGGUGAUCUCAGCUCCAUUAUCUUCAACCAUGACACCUCACAGCUGCCUCACUUCAUCAACAGCUCUCUGCCAGCUCACGACCGGAUGACGGCCCAGCAGAUUGACAGCUACUUCCGCCAGGAGCUCAUCUACAAACGCAACGAGCGAAUGGCUCGCCGAGUGUCUGCUCUGCUGCAGCGAAAUCCUAACCAGACGUAUUUUUUUGCUUUUGGUGCAGGUCACUUCCUGGGGAACCACAGUGUGCUGGACAUCCUCAGGCAGGAGGGCUACGAGAUCGAACACUUGCCCUCUGAUCACCAAGAGCCAGCCACAGAGAAUAAAGCAGCUGAAGAGCCUGCAGCAGGGUCCAGCGAGGAGAGCACAGACACUAGCACGGCAUCUCCCACCAGCUGGCAGACCAGUCCAUCAGAGACGGAGCUGGAGGAGGAGGACCCAGAAAACAUCCCUGGACUCGGAGAUGAUGAGCUGCCGCACAUUCUGCUCCCCGACAGCCUGAGCCAGCUGGAGGAGUUUGGGCGACACAAAAGGCCUCGCAAAGCUCACCGCGGCCACGGGAGACCUCGCCUCUUCAGUGACCUGUGGGUUCGCAUCGGGGAUGGCACUACCCCACCACCGAAUGUGAGGAUAAUCAACGGCUAUGUGACUGUGGAGCCUCCGCUGACCCAUCAAGAGCAGCGCAGACUCAUCGAGAUCCAGGCCACUGAGCGGCACCCCGGUCCACCUUCCCCCACUUCGCCUACUCCCAGCUCAGCUCAGCCAGCCUCAGUCCACAGCACUCUCACACUGUCCUGUCUUUUAGCCUGGAUGUUAUCACACAUGCUGCUUACCUCCUGACCACAAGACAGCGUUAUCUCACAGACAAACACUCAGACACUACUGCGUCCAUACCAGAGCAGUGGAAUAUACCUGAUAAACAAGGAAUGACCAUCAGCACAUGCAGACGAGAGAUGGAGGAAUGUUUUAGUCAGGACAUGACAUCCUGAGGUGGGACAAUCCUGCUGUGAGCCUCCACCACAGGGAGGGCUCAGCUCCAGCCUGCCCAAAUGCCAAGUCUCAAAACAUGUGGAAUAAGCUCUCAGCCACGACACAAGCAGUGAACGGAUGGUGUUGGACUGUACAGGGUGGAGUCUUCAAACCUCAUGAAAGUAUUAAGAUAGAAUAACACAUAGCACAAUGAAGACUUGUAACUUUGAAGAGUUUGUGUGGUGGAGUCUUCUACUUAAUAAAAACUGUAAUACUGUAUAGAUAAAUAAGACUGACAUUAAUAUUGAAAAUAGAACAUACUAAUAACAGCUAUAACUCUGUGAUAAAUGAGUUGAAUGCAUACAGUCAAACAGUACUGUGUAGGAGGUGGAGCACUCAGUUGCCACUUUUGUAAAUUGUGCAUUUUGUUCAUAAAGAAAUAUUGUAUAUUUAUUAUUUCUGGAAGAAAAGAGUAUAUUUUCUUGCUUUU